AGAAGAAGAAGCAGCAGCGGAAGCUGGCCAACAUGUUUGUGUUUUUCCGGAGCUCCCGACACAAGUUUCAAAUUCACAGUUAAACACUUGUAUAGAUUCACAGCAGAUACAGCAAACAAUACAUUAAAGAAUCACCUUUCGUAAAACACACCACACCAACCGGAAGUGAGAGUUUUAUCCGAAGCGAAGAUAGAAGACGAACCACUGCUAUGCUAAGAUGGCGACGUCCAGUCAAAGAGAAGGAGGAAGAGAAUCAUCGCCACCAACUCCCAGAAAAUCAUCAACGGAGAAAAAGCCCCAAAGUGCAGAUAACGACAUCCAGCAGAUGAUACAACGUGAAGAAGAAGAUCCUCCUAAGCUGCAGGGGCAGAAAUCCACUUUGAAGCAGGAGGAUCCACAGCCCCCCCAAGUCAAAGAGGAAGAAGAGGAACUCUGCAUCACUCUCAGGCCGGAGGAGGCUGAUCUCACCAAGUUGCCACUGACUGUUGUUUCUGUGAAGACUGAAGACCAUAAAGAGGAACCAUCUGAGUCCUUCCAUUGUUGGGGUCCGUUAGAUGUCCAGAUCGGUCAUCCCCCUCAGUCUCAAGAGGGGAGCUCCAUUUUGAAGCAGGAGAAUCCACAGCCCCCUCAUAUUAAAGAGGAAGAGGAGGAACUUGUCUCUGUGAAGACUGAAGACCCUGAAGACGGACCAUCUGAGUCCUUUCAUCGGUUUUGUCCUUCAGAUGUCCAGCAGCUGACUGGUCACCCACUUCACUCGCGGGGGGAGAGCUCCACUUUGAAGGGGGAGGAUCCACACCCCUCCAACUUUAAAGAGGACCACAAGGAACUCUGGACCACCCAGGUGGGAGAGCAUCAUCCCGAUGUCCAGAAGACCUGCUCCGUUUGCGCUAAAAGCUUUUCUAAUAACUACGAUUUGACUCAACACAUGCCGACACACACUGGGGAAAAACCGAUUGGUUGUCCGGUUUGUCGUAAACGAUUCUCUCACAAGUCAAGCUUGGUCUCACACAUGAGAACGCACACAGGAGAAAAACCUUUUAGCUGCCCCGUUUGUGGCGAAAGCUUCUCCCGCAGAAACAGUUUGACUUAUCACAAGCUGAAACACACAGGAGAGAAACCUUUCAGUUGUUCUGUUUGUGGUCAAGGAUUCCUUCUCAAGUCAAUGAUGCUGACACACAUGAGAACACACACGGGAGAAACACCCUUCCGUUGCUCGGUGUGUGGCGAAAGUUUUUCUCACAGAUACAGUUACAGUUGUCACAUGUUGAAACACACGGGAGAAAAACCGUUUGCUUGUUCUGUUUGUGGUCAAGGAUUCUAUAAAAAGUAUAGCUUUGUGUCACACAUGAGAAUGCACACAGGAGAAAAACCAUUUAGCUGUUCAGUCUGUAAUAAAAGAUUCUCACAAAAGUUGGUUAUGGCCGCACACCUGAGAACGCACACGGGAGAGAAACCUUUUUGUUGUUCCGUUUGUGGUAAAGCUUAUGCUAAUAAGUGUAACGUGGUGUCUCACAUGAGAAUGCACACAGGAGAAAAACCUUUUAGUUGUUCGGUUUGUGAUAAAAGAUUCUGUCAAAAGUCAGUUAUGGUCGCACACCUGAGAACGCACACAGGAGAGAAACCUUUCUGUUGUUCUGUUUGCGGGAAAACAUUCUCUCAAAAGUCAGCUAUGGUACGACACAUGAGAACGCACACCCAGGAGGAAAAACCUUUUCGUUGUUGAGUUUGUCAUAACAGAUUCUCGCGAGUCGAUGAUAUGACUAUAUUUUUGGGAUCAGACUGCUUUAUUAUAUUUAAUUGUACAUAUACAUUAUGGAUGAUAACUUGCUGUAACCUUUGUAAAAUCUACUUCCUCUGACUCCUCUAGAUAUAGAAAUUAAAUAACAGUGUCAUGUGAUAAGGAGGUAAGUGAAUUAGUUUCUCAUUUCUGUGGCCCUGAUGUAGUGACGCCUCGGUUAGUAGUACGAGUAUUAGUAUUAGUACUAGUGUAGCGGUUCUAUUGCAUGUAACACAUGCUUAUAUAAGUACAAGGAUGGAUAUGUGCAUUGUAAAUGUAACACCAAUAUUUACCAUACUGACAAUUUGAUAUGUUUAUGUAUUAUAUAAAUCGCUAAUAAAAAAAAAAGGACCCUCAGAGAGUCGGUUCUUCUGCAGAAUAACUUUUGUCUGUGGAAUAAAAACUAUUGGAUACUUUUUUUUUUAUUUACCUCAUUUCUGUCUUGACUCUUGAAAUCGAGUGAAAAUAUGUUUUCCUCCCAAUCAGUGUGGAAGUGGUAAUGUUUUUUGGGGGGGUUUCUUUGUU